AUGCUGACGAUGUCAACCCUUAUGAUGCCAGCGGCGACUAUGACCACGAUGACCAACGCGGGACCCAUACCGGUCGCGGCGGCGACCAAGCUCGAGCCGAAGAUACUGCAGCUGCCCCACCCGGCGCUGAUGCAGCAGCUGCCCCAGCAGGCGCCCCAAGGUCACCACCACCAACACCAGCAUGGCAACAACAAACUCGGCAUGGGCACCGCUACGCAGCGAAAAGGCCCCACCCACCCAGUUAAU